AGUCACGCCUGAAUGAGGUGUUCUCUCUUCAACACGGCUGGGACUCUGCGCUUUCUUCGCGCUCACGUCAUUGCUAUGAUGGUUUGACCGAGCCGAAUCGCCACCAUUCGGGAGGCCGCAAUAAACGAUUCAGGACCGACCGUGACCGGCUGCAGUGGCGAGGAGGCCCCCAGUGACAGAACAGCACGUGCUGUAGCGAGGCAAAUCCACUGCGCUCUGCAUCGAUCAGCGUCCUACGCGGCCAUCGUCGCUGUGGUCUGUCGUGAUCAUGUGCUGCCGACGGCUUGACGGUGGUGGUGACGGCCGGCUCUAGACCCCAUGGCCGCGCACCGUUGGGCGCUGCGUCUGCUGGCCAUGAGCCUGGCGACCAGCGUCGCCGCCGACUGCCCGGCCGUCUGCGAGUGCCGAUGGAAGGGCGGCAAGCAGACGGUGGAGUGCGCUGACGAGGGUCUGCUCACCAUCCCCGGCCACAUGGACGCGUCGACGCAGGUGCUGGACGUGUCCGGCAACAACAUCCAGAUCGUGCCCGUGCAGAAGUUCCAGCGCAUGGGCUUGACGAACCUUCAGCGCGUCUACAUGGCGCGCUGCAAGAUCGAAGAAGUGGACGACCACGCGCUGCUCGGCCUCACCAACCUGGUGGAGCUGGACCUCAGCGACAACUUCCUGACCGCCGUGCCGGGUCGCACGUUCAGCGACACGCCGUCGCUGAUGCGACUCUCGCUGAGCGGCAACCCGAUCCGGCGGCUGUCGCGCGCAAGCUUCGCCAGCCUCAAGGAGCUGACCACGCUGGAGCUGUCGCGCUGUGAGCUGGACACCAUCGAGCCGGGCGUGUUCGCCGCGCUGGGGCGUCUCGAGUGGCUGCGGCUCGACGGCAACCGGCUGACGCAGCUCGACGCUGAGGGUCUCUCGCUAGACCUGCACGGCGUCGACCUGCAUGACAACCCGUGGCAAUGCGACUGCCAUCUCCGCAGCCUGCGCCGCUGGCUGGUGCUGUACCGAGUGCCGCCAGCAGUGGCACCGCAGUGCGCCGCGCCGCCUCGCCUCGCCGGCCGCGUCAUUCGCGACGCCGCCGAGCGCCAGCUGGCCUGCCUGCCGGACGUGUCACCGCCGUCUAUGGAGCUCAAGGUGCCCGAGGACCAUAACGUGACGCUGAACUGCCGCGUGCGGGCCGAGCCGCCGGCCAACGUCACCUGGUCCUUCAACGGCCAGCCCCUGGGAGACAGCGGUGCUCUUUUCUACCGGCCGUACAGCAUCAGCGAGUACAGCGAGGACGGCGGCCGCCUGCGCCGCAGCCAGCUGCUGGUCGUCAACGCCACCGACGCCGACCAGGGCGUGUUCCGCUGCAGUGCCUCCAACGAGGCCGGCGUCUCCGACUCCAACUACACGCUGCGAGUGCUGCUGCCACCGGGCAGCAGCAGCAGCGAGUCGGCGCCGCCAGCGCGAGCCAGCUACGUGGCCGCCGUCGGUGCGUCACUGAUAUUCCUCGUCGUGUUGCUCGUGAUCCUGGGCUACCCGGCCGAGUUCGGGCUGCCGCGUGGCGGCACCAUGGGUCGCAGCCGCUCCUACCAUCAGCAGCUAGGCGGGGCCGGCGACGGCAUCUGGCGCAUACCGCAGCCUGCCGCGCCGCCGACACCGGCCCGACUCCAGCGCGCAGUGACGCGGCGGCGGCGGGGUGACCCCAACACUAGCGGGCUGCCGGACGGGCUUCCUCCCCCGCCGCCGCCGCCGCCGCCGCCCGCCUGCGGGCCCGUCAACAAAUUCAGUGACCACGUGACAGCGGCCCACUCGAGCCUGCACGAAAGUCCUGACGAGGGCUACGAGGAGUCGGCUGCAGACGGCACGGAAGUAUAG